AUGGAGGAUUUGGAAGCCCUUUGCAAGAAAUUAUCUUUCCUGUCUACAAAAAAUCAGCUCAAAGGGAACGGAUCUAAGAACGACCUACUCUGGUUUCUGGCCUUGCAUUUGGAAGUUCAGCCUAAUCAAUUUCGCGCUAACGACAACGGAACUUAUGCUGUUUUCAAGAUUCAAAACAUCACUUGUAACUUCUACCACAAAGCGAAAACUCUACAAAUUCAAGGAAAAGAAGAUGCAGACAAACUGAGAAAAGAUUUAAUUAAUCUAACUUCGACUUGGGCACACCCGGUUAGCGAAACGUUGAACGCAUUCCAAGAGAAUCUAGACAACGAUGUUCAAGCGAGAGAGGUGAUAGCUACGGGGCUUGUUUCGCCUAGUGAUGGCCCUAUUACAAUUAAUGCUGACAACAGCCUUGGAGGGGAUUUUGCUAAACCUCCUGUUUCACCCACUGAAGACGACCUAGCCAAAGCUGAAAAUUUUAUUGAUAACGCAUACAUGGAAAUCAUUUUGGAUGCUAACAAAUCUCCAUAUUCAAAUCUGGUCAAGGAAAUCGAAGCUGAUCAUGACAGUCAAUUAACUCAGUUGUCGUUGUUGUUAAAAAAAGUGUCUAACGAACUAAUUGAUCUGAGAGCUUCUCAUGCAGCUUUACUGGCGGCAAACAAUGAAAUAACAAAUGAAUUGAUCGUGCUACGAAAUGACGUAACCUCCCACCUCCAGACCCAAUCACAAAGGUUACCAGAGACAAAUGAUCUGAAAGAUUCUCAUGCUGCAUUACUGGUCGCAAUUAAUCUUCGAAAUGACGUAACUUCUCACUUCCAGAAAUAA